AUGCCGAUCUUUGCUAUGUCCGUGUUCCUUUUGCCAAGAAAUACUUGUGACUCAAUCGAGAAGAUUAUGAAUCGUUUCUGGUGGGAGAACGGGGGCAACAGUGGACGAGGCAUCCAUUGGGCCUCCUGGCUUCGCCUGGCAGUCCCGAAAAAAUGUGAUGGCAUGGGUUUCAAGCGACUACACGAAUUCAAUGUGGCGCUCGUAGCGAAGCAGGGCUGGCGGAUUCUCUCCAAACCUUUUUCGCUGGUGAGUCAGAUUUUGAAAGAAAAAUAUUUUCCCAAGGUUUGUUUCUUGGACUCACAAGUCGGACACAAUCCUAGAUAUUUGUGGCGGAGCAUCCAUGCGGGGCAGGCCAUUCUGCGAGAGGGAGUUAUUCGCCGCAUUGGAGAUGGCACAGACACUCUAAUAUGGGGUCGUCCAUGGGUGGCAGAUGCAUCUAAUGGGGCACUAAGAACCCCAUGUGUGGAAGAGCUACGCGAGGCGAAGGUUAGCAAUCUAAUGACCCCCGACGGGGAAUGGGAUUUGGACGUUAUCCAGGACCUCUUUCUUGAACCAGAUAUUGUUCGUAUCCUGAACACACCUAUUUCACCACAACACCGUGAUGCUUGGUGUUGGUACCAUGAUAUGAAAGGGGUGUAUUCUGUCAAGCACGGCUAUUAG